CGCUGCAGCCAUGGUACGAGCUCCCUUCCUUUUUGCUCUAGAUGUCGAAGUCUCUCCUGUUCUCGUGCACAUGCACCACUUGCACCAACAAUCUCCCUCCCUUCUCUCCGUCUCUCCUGAAGCUUGGGGAAGAGGUGAUCUCGGCAUCUCGUUGGGAGGAGAAGUGCGUCUGAAACCCGGCCCGCCGAAAACGAGAGAUAAUUCGAAUCGCCCGAGAAACUUUUUUGAGCUUGCCCGCUGAUGGUAUCUUCCACCAUGAAGCCUCCACUCGGAAUCCCUCAGCAAACCCCUUCCCCAGCCCCCACGAUAUCGGCCGCACCGCCACUCCUUCGCCCAGCCAUCCCCGGAGCUCGUCCAGGCGGCCGCGCUCCCCGCUUGGGGCUCGCAAUCCCCCCAUCCCCAAACGCGAAGCCGGUCGGGAACCAUGGGGCGCCUCCUCCGCGUCCGGCCCUGCCCACUCUGCACCUUGCGACCCCCAUGGGCAGCACCGUGGUACCGCAAGAACAACCAUCCAAACCCUCACUCAGCCUCAACCUACAAAGCGCGAGCGGCGGCAGCGAAAGCAGUGCCGCCCAUAGCAGGAGCGGGAGCUUUGGGCCGCUCGACGGCCGCGCCAGCAAUCCCACCAGCGCCGGUUCUCAGUUUAGUGCUCUCUCCUUUGCAAGCCAAUACGGGAUAGGGCGAUCGACCGGCGACCCCGUGUCAGCGGUUGGGUCGUUAUAUUCAAAUGCGAGUGAGAGUAUGGAAGGAGAGGGCGGCUUGUUGGAGGCUUUCGACGACCUCACCCUAGAGAAAGCGAGGACAGCAGACGUUGAAGACCUAGAUGACGAUGGCUGGCGCAUCGUGAGCCACGAGAAGAGGAUCAUCGAGCUUGGGAACCUGGGCGAGGGUGCCGGUGGUGCUGUGACAAAGUGCAAACUGAAGGGACACGAUACCGUGUUUGCCCUUAAGAUUAUUACAACCAACCCUGAUCCGGAUGCCAAGAGACAGAUCAUCCGCGAGUUGGGCUUCAACAAGGGAUGUGCCUCCCAACACAUCUGCCGCUAUUACGGCGCCUUUGUGGACCCCGCCACGGCCACCAUCUCAAUCGCCAUGGAGUUCUGUGAGGGCGGUUCGCUUGACAGCAUCUACAAGGAGGUUAAGCGCCUUGGUGGGCGAACGGGCGAGAAGGUCUUGGGGAAGGUCGCCGAGGGCGUGCUCCAGGGCUUGACUUAUCUGCACUCCAAGAAGAUCAUUCACCGUGACAUCAAGCCGAGCAAUAUUCUCCUUUGCCGCAAUGGCGACGUCAAGCUCUGCGACUUCGGCGUGUCGGGCGAGUUCGGCACCAAGGGUGACGCCAGCACCUUCAUUGGGACGAGUUACUACAUGGCGCCCGAGCGCAUCACAGGCCAGUCCUACACCAUCACGUCCGACGUCUGGUCGACCGGCAUCACGCUGCUCGAGGUUGCCCAGCAUCGCUUCCCCUUCCCGGCCGACGGAACCGAGAUGCAGCCCCGCGCCACUCCUCUGGACUUGCUGACGUACAUCGUCAAGCACCCCACGCCCAAGCUGAAGGACGAACCCGACGCCGGCAUCUUUUGGAGUGCCAAUUUCAAAUUUUUUAUCGAGUGCUGCCUCGAGAAGGAACCCGCCCGCCGAGCCACCCCGUGGCGUAUGCUGGAGCACCCCUGGAUGAAGGAUAUGAGCACCAAACGCGUUAACAUGCGCCGUUACCUAGCCCAGGUAUGGGGCUGGAACGAUCAAGAACCUCAGGCUGCACAGAAGGCAUAGAGUGCCGGACGUGGCCAGGUUCAGCCCGGGCGUGACUCGGUCUGCGACGCCGUCCGGGGUGGGGCAGAGGGAGCAAAGAGCGUCAGGGAAGUAAACUUGAUCCACGGAUUGCUCGUCAGAAGGGCACCAACAAGGG